CUCUAAUUUGCACACGACACCAAAAGUAAGAUAAAGAUGGCGGACACAACCGGCAAGGUUAUCACAUGUCAAGCUGCUGUGGCUUGGGAGGCUAAGAAGCCCCUUACCCUGGAGACGGUAGAGGUGGAGCCCCCUAGGGCAGGGGAAGUCCGCAUUAAGGUGCUGUACACUGGGGUGUGCCACACUGACGCCUACCUGCUGGAUGGAUUUGACCCUGAGGGGGCUUUCCCCAUCAUUAUGGGACAUGAAGGCGGGGGAGUGGUGGAGAGUGUCGGGGAGGGAGUCACCUCUGUACAGCCAGGCGACCAUGUGAUUCCUCUGUACAUCCCUCAGUGUAACGAGUGCAAGUUCUGUAAAUCUCCAAAGACCAACCUCUGUGGCAAGAUCAGGGCAACCCAGGGUAAAGGAGUGAUGCCGGACGGAACUUCUCGCUUCAAGUGUAAGGGGAAGACCCUGUUGCACUUCAUGGGAUGUAGCACAUUCAGCCAAUACACGGUUGUCACAGAGAUCUCUGUAACUAAGGUGAACCCUGCUGCUCCCUUGGACAAAGUGUGUCUGCUGGGCUGUGGAAUCUCCACUGGUUACGGAGCUGCCCUCAACACAGCUAAGGUAGAGCCAGGCUCCACCUGUGCUAUCUGGGGCCUGGGAGCCGUAGGUCUGGCUGUUGCUAUGGGGUGCAAGGAGGCUGGGGCCAAGAGGAUUAUAGGCGUGGAUAUCAACCCAGACAAGUUUGAGUUAGGUAAGAAGUUUGGACUGACUGAGGGUGUGAAUCCCAAGGACUUCAACAAACCGAUACAGGAGGUGCUGGUGGAGAUGACAGAUGGGGGGCUGGAUUACACCUUCGAAUGUAUCGGAAAUGUGGCAUGUAUGAGAGCCGCCCUGGAGUCCUGUCAUAAAGGCUGGGGUGUGUCCACCAUUAUCGGAGUCGCUGCAGCAGGGCAGGAAAUAUCCACCCGCCCUUUCCAACUUGUCACAGGCCGAGUCUGGAAGGGGACUGCUUUUGGAGGCUGGAAAAGUCGAGAGAGUGUUCCAAAACUGGUGGACAGUUACAUGAACAAGAAACUUCUGGUUGACGAGUUUGUAUCACAUAACCUUAACUUGGACCAGAUCAAUGAAGCCUUUGACCUAAUGCAUGCUGGGAAGAGUGUUAGAACUGUGGUGAAGUUGUGAACCUGACAGCAUGCUUGACAGAGAUCAUAGACACUGGAUUUGUUUUGUGAUUCUAAUGAUUAUUAUGAUUUGUAUAUUCCCUAUAUCUUGGAAUGUGCAUAGAGAUUUUUUCUGAAUGCACAGAAAUGCAAGAAUUGUUAUGAUAUUUUGUACUUAAAAUGAUUAAUAAUUAAAAAAAUUCGAAACAAA